AUGGAGACCGGGAAGGACCUCUUUUUGACUGUUGUGUUCGCUGGGACCACGAUUGUGGUGGUCGGCACGGCGAUCAGCAUGUUCCAGAUCGUGUCCGACAUCUCCGACUGGAGGGAGAACAUCGAGUCAGACCUCGUCCAAUUCCGCGAGACGGCCGAUGACGCCUGGGCCAAGAUGAUGCACUCGUCGAAGAAGAACCUGAUGCAGAGUAGUUGCAAGACAUUCUUCCUGCGUGCUGCCACUAGCAAGUAUCCCUUUGUCUGUGAAGCGGAAGCAAAAUGUGUAUACCCUAACGAUCGCUGCAGAGCCUGUCGUUUUCAGCAAUGCUUGGCUGCCGGGUUUCGGCCGGAAAAAGUCGGCCACAGGUCGGAACGUAGAAAGAAGGCCAAAAAUGCAGAAAAUGCCAUCGAGGUGCCAAAAUCUCCAGGAUUGCCUUCGCUAGUUGAGGAUCACCAACGCCUUCCCUCUGUCGUAUUUCCAGCGACUUUUGCGCCUUCAGCCGGGCCAGUAUCUGUAGCUCAAGAAGUGGGAAGAUUAAUGAGAGUGGAGGAAUUCUGUACUGCCGACUACCCCUGGAUUCCACUAAAUCUGGAAUUCGAAUUUAAUCUAUCCACUCCUAUCAGCGAUUUAUUGAGCAACCCGACUCUAGUUUGUCCGAGAGUUCCGAUUGGCCUAAGCCCUUCCGGAAACCCGACCACCUAUACCCCAGAAAUGAGCGGAAGAACGUUUGCCCGUAUGAUGCUGUACUGCUGCGACUUUUUCCGGGCCAUGCCGGAAGUUUGGGAAAUGUUGCCGGAGGAUAGGCACCGGUUCUGCAUGCACUCCGCCUGCCUGUUGAUUCAAAUUCAAAUGGUCUACUCUUCUUACAAAACGAAAUCUGCGGGUUUGCUACGCGGCCUCGGGCAACAUUAUGAGACGAGCGGUUUCUCGCAUAAAGCCCUCGACUACCUCAAACAAACAACAAAUCAAAUGCAUGACGAGUUGUUUCCACUUCUGUACGCUGCCAAACUGACACACGAGGAAUUUCUGAUCUGGCGAAUGAUGGUGAUGCUGAGCCCUGGGCCAAUUGGAAUCUCCGACUCCGCGCUGGCAAUUAUCGCCAGGGGAAGGAAUCGAUACGCUUUUAUGCUGGCCGAGCUCUUGAGAAGCACUGGAACCGAGCUGGAAGCCAUUCAGAAAAUGAUGACGCUUUCUAGGGCCCAUCGGUGGUUGCAGGGCAACGCAAAUCAUGGAGCCGACUUUGGCAUUACUGCAAUCGUUCAGGGAACCGCCGCCGGCGGAUACUACUGCUUCACCGCCGACACCGAGGUUGAGCAUAUGGACGGACGUAUGAUCCGUAUGGAUGAGCUGAAGAAGAACGACAUCAUCAAGACGCUCAACGGGAAGAGGAUUGGCUAUUCGCCAAACGGAAAGGAGGUCAAGCUCACCGGGAAGCACUACAUCUACGCCAGCAAGUGUGGAACUCAAAAUGAACAAGUUCAACUUCCCAGCGGCCCCAUCUUUGCGGAGAUGGUCCAGGAGGGCGACUGCUUAUUCACUGUUGAUGAGGCCGAUAUUACCCAAUCUCGCGUCUCCAAGAUUGAACUUGUCCAUGAGACCGGCAUCUACGCGCCGAUGACGUCGAACGGAAAGUUGAUCGUCAACGGAAUCUACGCCUCUUGCCACAAUGUUGUUCAACACCACGAGGUCCAGCGGACGUUCUUCGACUACUUGACUUCUGCCGGCGACGCCGUCAAGGCGUACUCUGGGGCUGAAGACGUGAACGAGAUCCCGUACGGCAUGGGGCUCCUCGUGCAAAUGAUGGAGUUUGCGCUCCCGAAGGCCGGAUUU